AGACUUUUAAUCAUCUAUCCCUAGUGCUUUACGCAGACCUUAGCAUACGCUAGAGGCUUCAAAGAGGCCAAAAAUUCACAUGUAGAGACAAAUUAGGUCCCUUAGGAUGCCAGGCAAACGCAGUGCUACCAAAACACUCAAAGACUGCCCUAACAGUGAGUUCUGGGGUACACCGGUAAACUUGGAUCAAGUUCGCUCCCCUCUCCUCAAAAUAUAUCUGCUGUGCUGAAAGAAAUCACGACCGAUGCUCAUAAUUCUGACCCUGUUAUUAUAUAGGGUGUAGUUUUGGCUUCUGCUUCUUUUUUCCCUUAUUCAGUGACAAGUAACAUACUUUAUGUAGCCAAUGAACCACAACACCACGGCAAACAAGGGACAGGCCCUCAAAGUUGUCGGUAGGGAGCCAGGACCCCGCCAGUGGCGUGGGGAGGCACCGUGCUAAACAAGCCUGCAAACAGCAGGCACCUUCCUGCCACUGAGGAGGAAGGCUGGCCAAGGGAGGCCGGAGCGGAGGAAGCCAAGCUCUGCAGGCCCAAACAAAGCCCUCUCGGCCUCCACGCGUCGCCAUGGCAACGCAGGGUAUGUGGCGGCCGGGAUUGGCCGGGCCGGCGCGCGCAGGGCCUGCUGGGAGAGCGCGUCCCCGCCGCGGCUCCGCCAGUUUAAACUUGGCGGGCCAGAUGUGGGCCGCGGGGCGCUGGGGGCCUACUUCUCGCCCUUCCUCCAGCGGUUUCUCUGCUGACUGCAGACCCAGGUCUCGGCCCUCCUCGGGCUCCUUCGCCGUCUCUAUGACGGGCGCCCGUGGGCAGGGGCUGGAAGUGGUGCGCUCGCCAUCGCCGCCGCUGAGCAGCAGCAAUUCCACCAGGUCGCUGUUGUCUCCCCUUGGCCACCAGAGCUUCCUAUUUGACGAGGACGACGGUGACGGGGAGGAUGAGGAAGACGUGGAUGAAGAUGUCCUUGAUUCAGAAGCCAAAGUGGCGAGCCUGAGAGGAAUGGAGUUACAGGGGUGCGCCAGCACUGAGGUUGAAUCAGAAGAUAACCAAGAAGAACAGAAACAGGUGCACUUGCUGGAAAGCCGCCUGACACCAUGGGAGGUGUGGUUUAUUGGCAAAGAAAAAGAAGAACGUGACCGGCUGCAACAGAAAGCUCUAGAGGAAUUAAAUCAACAACUAGAAAAAAGAAAAAAAAUGGAAGAACGUGAAAAAAGAAAGAUAAUUGCUGAAGAAAAGCACAAGGAAUGGGUUCAGAAAAAGAAUGAGCAGAAAAGAAAAGAAAGAGAACAAAAAAUUAAUAAAGAAAUGGAAGAAAAAGCAGCAAAGGAACUAGAGAAAGAAUACUUGCAAGAAAAAGCAAAAGAAAAAUAUCAAGAAUGGUUAAAGAAGAAAAAUGCUGAAGAAUGUGAGAAGAAGAAGAAAGAAAAGGAAAAAGAAAAACAACAACAAGCAGAAUUACAGGAGAAAAAGGAAAUAGCAGAAAAAAAGUUUAAGGAAUGGUUGGAAAAUGCAAAACAUAAACCUCGUCCAGCUGCAAAGAGCUAUGGUUAUGCCAAUGGAAAACUUACAGGUUUUUACAGUGGAAAUUCCUAUCCAGAACCAGCCUUUUAUAAUCCAAUUCCAUGGAAACCAAUUCAUAUGCCACCUCCCAAAGAAGCUAAGGAUCUGUCAGGAAGGAAGAGUAAAAGACCUGUGAUAAGUCAGCCACACAAAUCAUCAUCUCUGGUAAUUCAUAAAGCCAGAAGCAAUCUUUGCCUUGGAACUCUGUGCAGAAUACAAAGAUAGCAUAUGUGGAAAAUAACAUACUUUUAUCUGGAGCUAUUUAAUUUUAAAAUCAGAAAUUGUUUUUUUACUGCUCAGUCAGUAAUUCAACAUUUAAUGUGAUUAUUGACAAAUAGCAAUUUUUGCAUUUGUAUUUGGAGUCCUUAGAGUUGAGGAAGAUAUUUUCUAGAUUUUGGUUUUUAUAAACUUUUCAAGGUUGAUUUUGGCAUGUUGUUUUGCAGAAUAAGUGGCUGCAUAUGUAAUAAUUGUGCUUGUAUUUAGCUUGUAUUAAAAGCACACUGUGAUACCAAUAAAACUAAAAAUUUUUCCUGUA